UAAAAAAAAACAAAAAAAACCCACAUGACAAACAACUCAUGUGUGGUUUUAGAAAUCGACUCUUCAAAAUGUUUACGAACCACACAAUUUUUCUUCCUACACAAGAAAUAAUAUCUUUCUAAGGCAGGCGAUCUUUAUUCCAUACAUUCAGACACCGAAUAGAGCUUGUUUAAUGAUAAAUUUUUGAUUAAUUAACCUUCUUUAUGUAAUAUAUAUAGAUAUGCUUCCGUUGUCAAAUUCAUGGACGUGACUACUGGGGUGAUCGAAUCCCUUGAAAGACAAUGAUUGGAAGAAUAAGACCGUUCCAAGCUUGGUUUUUUGUAAUUGGACAAUAUUUUCUAGCAACCUUAUACCGCCUACCUUAUGCAAAUUUGAAGAUUUAAAGGUGUGCGAUCGCAAUAAAGAAUUCUCACUUUUCAACGUCCAGGUGGAGUAAACAAUACCUCAACAAUAACUAGAAACCCAUCGUUUAGCAUUUUACUUAUCUAAUGUUUAUCAAAAUUCUUCAAGACUUAAAUCGGUGAUGUCUAUUCAUUGGUUCGUUCUCCUGCCUUGAAGAAACCAGCUUGGGCUAAAACAAUUAUUAACUCAGACCAGAGGAGAGAAUCUCUCUCUCUCUCUCUCUCUCUCUCUCGAGAGAAUCCGAGGAAUGUGGAAAAGCUAAUAAGCGAAAAAAGAUCAUUUAUUAAUUUCAAAUAAACGUUCUAGACGAAGAAACUCGGCGUAUGUGGCAGACGUUUGAGGACAUAUCAAGACGUUCUUGUUGAAGUGAAAAAAAGACUUGCUAAACUUGGAUUUGAACUUGGAAACCACAGAAGUAGUGAAGAUUGAAAUGGCUUCUCGUCAUGCAAGUAGUGCCAAUAUGUCCAAGAUAUCUUCCACUAACAUUUCAGAAUCUUCUCUUUACUCCAAGGAGCUUGUCAUAAUUCUCAGUAUUUAUGAAAUAAUUAUAAUAAUAUUUUGUCUCAUAGGCUACGCUCUGAUUAUAUUCGCAAUGGUAUUUAACUCCAAACUUCGAAGUAUUUGCAACUUUUUUAUACUAAGCAUGGGUCUGGCUGACGGGCUGAUCGCAACGAUAAUAAUUCCUGUAAGCCAAGGAGUCAUGCUUCAAACCUUGCACUACCAUUCGGUUGGUGCCUGUGAGUUCGUGAGCAACUUAAACUUGAUAACGGUGAUCGCUGUCGCUCUAAACUUGUGCGCCUGUAGUUUAGAACGUUUUUUCGUAAUAGCCUUUCCAUUCAGACACCAGGAGUUCCUAACAAGAAAAAGAGCGCUGUCGAUAAUUGUAGCGAUUUGGUUUUACGCGUUGAUCGUAGGACUUUUGCCUCAAUUUGGUUGGUCAGGAGGCAAAACUCUCAUCAUACGAGGACAGUGUGUGCGACCAUUGGACAAGAAUUACCUAAUUUUCAACACAGUUUUACACUUUUGCUUGCCUGCUGUUUUAAUGAUAAUCACGAACGGACUCGUCUAUCGGAUUGCUUCCAAUCAAGCCAAACGAAUUUACAGAAUUCGAGCUAGUGCAAAUCAGGCGUCUUUCCGUUAUCAGUCAAAUCCAAGAGAGCAGUCUUCUAUCGAAGUAUUUAGAAUUAACUAUAGAGCAGCAAAGAGGAUCUCGAUAAUUGUAGGUGCGUAUCUUAUCUGCUGGGUCCCUCAGAUGGCAACGUUAUUGCUCUCUAUCAAGAUUGGCUUCAGCUCGAUCCCUACAAUUGUGUUUUUUAUUACGAUACCACUACAGUAUACAAGCUCGGCCGUCAAUCCUUGCAUAUUCUGCUUGUUAAAUAAAGAAAUAAGAAAAACUUUAAUUAGAGAACUUAAAGCAAGAUUUCCAAUCUGGGUGCCUCACUCGAACGAACGACCCAAUGCAAGCGAGACGGCUUUACGAGAAGACAGCCGUGGUUUCAGUGUUUCUCCACGACUAUUUGCUCAAGUAACAAUCGAACAUUCUGAAUCUGCUUGCUAUCAACAGCAAAAUUCAUAAGAACUAAAAACAAAAAUAUUGAUAGAAAUUAGAAAAAGCUGAUAGAAAUUUCUAAAAUAAAAUAAAAUAAUAAUAAUAAAAAAAGUUUUCACCGGAUUUUGACACGUAAAAACUAGCUCAAUAUGACAAAGGCCACCUUUCGUAUUCGCCAAGCAAUGCAAGAAACAAAAAAGCAAUUUAGGACUAAAUUCUUCAAUUAUUAUAAAUAUUGUUAGAAAUAUAUAUUAGAUGCAGCUUCAAUACUUCAGUUUUCGAGUGAAAUUUAUUAAACAAGUGAAAAACAUGAAUAAAUUGUGCGAUGUAAUUAUGGCAGUCUGUGUAGGUGCUGUAUUUGCAUGGCGCUUUUGUUUUCUUCUUGAUAAUAUACCUUUGACUUAAAAAGCGAAAAACAUCGUACUCACAACUGAACUUUAACAUGUUUUUAACGUGUUAAAUACUAUACUAGUUAAAACCAAAGUCUUAUCUCAAAAUCUUAUCUCCAAUAUAGGUAGUUUUAUUUAUCUCAUAGCAACCAUUUAUGAAGUCCAUUUUCAACAUGGAUGUAUAAAGUUGCGAAUUGAAUUAAAAAGCCUAGGUUGGUUUUAAAAUUUGAAUAACUUUGGUAUGAGCUAAAAUUUUGGUUUCAGCUGGGAAUUGCCGGCGAACUUACUUCAACAAAUGCGUCAAAACUUUUUAUUUCAUUUAACGAUGAAAUAUUUCUUGAAAAAAAUAUUAAAAAUUCUUACGUAAAAUUUAAUAACAAUUGGCGCUAAGUGCUUUGUCAUCGAAUAACAAUACACUUGGCUGUAUAUUAUAUAUAGUAUUAAUUCAAAUAUUGCAUGUAGUAUUGA